UUUGCUAAGUAUAUCCGGCAACGGAACGGAAGCAGCUACUCCAGUUGAGUAUAUCUGUGAAAGGGAUUUGGGUAAUUAUGGAAAUUCUGCGGCCAGCACUUAUUAAUGUUAAAGGGAGAAUUUAUCGAAAAAAUGCUGUUAGAGAGGAACAUUAUGAAGAUGAAGAGGAGGAUGAUUUCUCAUACUCUGGCCCAGCCAUUGACCAAUUUAUGGAUGAACCUUGUGACACUAGUAACAUUGAGCAGACAGACAAGGGCUUUCGCUGUGCCAUAGAUGUCCCAAGUGUCCUUUACAAGUACAUAAUUGGAAAGAAAGGCGAGACCCGGAAACGGCUGGAGUCAGAGACCCGAACUUCAAUCAGCAUUCCUAAACAAGGAGUGGAGGGACAAAUAGUGAUCACAGGCGCUCAGAAGGCGGCAGUGGUGUCAGCUGUAACACGUGUUGAGGUUUUGAUAGAGACCUUCCGCAGGAAGCAGCCUUUUUCCCACUUCCUAACCUUUGCGCUAAACCACCCCCACAUCCAGGAAGGUUUUCAGCGCUUCAAAGAUGGAGUUUUAGAGCACUGUUCUCAGGAUAUGGGCGUGGACGGAAGUGUCUUUCAAAACCCAGCUAAACUGCACCUUACUAUAGGAACCAUGGCCCUACUGAAUGAACAGGAAGUGAUGCGAGCAUGUGAGCUUCUUCAGAAGUUUCAGAGUUUCAUCAGGGAUAUAACCAAAGGGAAGCCUCUACCCUUGGAGGUGAGGGGAAUCGAAUACAUGAAUGACGAUCCCUCAAUGGUGGACGUCCUGUAUGCCAAGGUCAGCGUUCAGGAUGGCUCCAACAAAUUGCAGGUGAUAGCAGACAGGCUGGUGGAGUGUUUUGUAGCAGCAGGAUUGAUGGAUAAAGAGUGGGACAGAGUGAAACUUCACGCUACUGUCAUGAACACACUGUUCAGGAAAGAUCCCUCAGUGGAGGAUAAAGGGGGUCUGGGAAGGCACACUACAAAAGAUCGAGAAGCAUUUGAUGCCAAAAACAUUUUGGAGAUGUUUGGGGAGUUUUAUUUCGGAUCAUUUGAGUUGGACUCUGUACGGCUAUCUCAGAGGUUCUCCUCGGACUGUACAGGAUACUACUGUUCAGCUGGACAAGUCUCUUUCAUCUGACAUGCAUUCCUUAUGUAUUCACAAAUACACACCUAUUAAGAUAAACUCAUACUGAGUGUUCUUUAUUGUGGAGUUUGUUCCCCACUAUUGUGGGUUUUGAGAGCCUAAAUAGUCAGCCAUGUAGUUUGAUUACUGCUCUAAGCUUCAUGCGCCAAACAUUGUGGGGGCUUACCUUGAGGAUUAAGUAUAUCUGCUCUGAUUGAAUGCAGAUAUAAUUUAGUGAGGCAGCAGUGAACAUAUAAUGUUGCAUUAAAAUAACUAAGUAGCUUA